AUGCCGAAACUUACGAUGAUAUCAUCUUUUUUUGCAGUGAUUGCAAAUGGACUUUGUAAGCAGCUGUGUGUGAGAAUGUUUCCGCAGCUCUCCAGUGUUGCUCAUGUGAUUGAAACUAGUUGCUGCUGCUGCAAAGCAAAAAAAUCGGUUGAUGUUGAAUCUAGCAAUCUCAUGGAAUGGGAAGCUCUUGAGAGGGACCACAGGGGCCUAGGCUCCUCUAUUUCGAGCUCUUACACGUUGAUGGUAAGCAUGGUUCUCCAUCCAGCUGUUCUUGAAUUGGGCCAACGCAUAUACUCUGCAAGAGCUGUGCGAUUCCGAUUUGGUCAUGCCAAGUCCCUGGAGGAUAUAGAGGGUGAUCUCAUGCAUCUGCCAUUACUACAACCUGUAGAUGACAAGUUCAUAUGGACAUACAUGUCAGUAGAGUUUCCAAUGGCUCAGGUGAGUUGUACCGUGGAAAAUUCCUUGCAGAAGUUCAAGCUGCCAGAACCUGUUCUUUACAUUGGUGGAUUUUUGCAGAUUGAGCUGUUGCGUGGGGUUCAGAGACAUGAUAUGAAUGGUUUAUUUUACAUAUGUGUGUCUCAUGUUCAAGUGGUGGGGCGAUCACUGUCCCCUACAAUUGGUAUUGAGAUUCUUGAACCGUCGGGGAAGUUUUCAUUGAAGUAUGACUCUGAGGCUUUUGAUCAUACCUUGAAAAGCUCUUCUGAUGGUGGUCCUCCAGUCUCUUCUGUUGAAUGGGACGAUGAGGACAAUGAAGUGGAUGAGGGAGUUAUUCUCUAG